GUGGUGAAUAAACUGCAGUGACGAGUGACGUGACUCAUAGUGUUGCACGAAACACAGUCUCUUUGUGGAGUUUCUUUCUUCUUUAAAUCAGAUUUUUUUAUCAGCCAGUCAACAUGUCUGCCCGUAAAACAGCAGGUCGUCGUGCAACUACAAAGAAACGUGCACAGCGUGCAACAUCCAAUGUAUUUGCAAUGUUUGACCAAGCACAGAUCGCAGAAUUCAAAGAAGCAUUUAACAUGAUCGAUCAGAACCAUGAUGGCUUCAUAGAUAAGGAAGAUCUUCACGAUAUGCUUGCAUCUCUUGGAAAAAAUCCUACCGAUGAAUAUCUAGAAGCUAUGAUGAACGAAGCGCUUGGCCCUAUUAAUUUCACAAUGUUUUUAACUUUAUUCGGAGAGAGGCUCCAAGGUACAGAUCCUGAAGAUGUUAUUAAGAAUGCAUUUGGUUGUUUCGAUGAAGAAAACACUGGUCACAUAAAUGAAGAACGUUUGCGUGAACUUUUGACGACAAUGGGUGACAGAUUCACCGAUGAUGAUGUAGAUGAAAUGUACCGCGAAGCACCCAUCAAAGGAUCAAUGUUUGAUUAUUUAGAAUUCACACGAAUUUUAAAGCACGGAGCUAAAGAUAAAGACGAACAGUGAGCAUUUAUACAUUCUGGUAUUUCUGUACAUGCGGAUCUGUCUCUUCUAUCAUAAAAAGUAUUAAGUUCUUCCUUGUUUCUAUAUAUUUUCAAAAUAUGUUUAAUACAUUAUUUAUAAAACAUGACAUUUGGAUUUUACAAAUCUUUAGUUAGUGUUACGUUUUCAUCCAUAACCAUGCCAUCUAGAUUUUUAUUCUGUUUAAUUUAUGCCAUGUUGUUCUUAAUAUAUACAUAUUAUAUUAGAAAAAGUAUAUAUGACGUUAAAACUUUGGUUAUGGUAUAGAAAAUAAAAUGAGAAAAGGAGAUAAUAUU